AUGGGGAAUAUUUGUGAGACAUUUAUUUCACCUGCAUAAAUUAGUUCAUUAGAUAUAUUUAAUGUUGAUCCUAUGUUUGAUGAAUCUUCUACAAUUUAAAGUAUCUCACCUAAAAGAAGGAAAGUAAAUCGCGAUGAUUUUCUAAAUUUAGGAUUGAUUGGAAAAGUUUAAAUAAUAUAUGAUUUUUAGGAGCUUUUGGAUCUGUAUUUAAAUUAAUGAAAAA